CCCCAACGAUAAUACCCAGUACGUACAUAUAAGCAUGCCUGAUGCUCGCGUGACUGCAGUAUUUCUGGACACUUCAAGAUGAAGAACACUACGCGGCUGUUUUGUCUUCUGUUAAUUCAAGCUUCUGUUCUGAAGACGGGAUUUGGGAAAGGGAAGCUGUACGUCAAACUAGUGCAGUUCAGCAACACAGAGGGGACGGGAUCAAACGGCAAUUGCUGCGACUUUCCGUGUGUGUCUAAGUGCGACCACAUGUUCACAGUCUGCGUGGAUAAAAGUUCUGGGUUCACUGGGAAUAUCAACAGCUGUGGUUUCGGUAAGGUGGAAUCUGGUGCAAUCAUGGACCAGAAUACCAUCACAUUUGGCAGCAGCUUCGGUGGUGUCCCGAACCCUGUAGUACUGAAGUUUGACACUUGGCCGGGGAGCGCGUUCCUUAAAGUUGAAGUAUGGGAUGAUGACUCCGGUGUUAACCAUCACGAUCACGUGGACUACCUUAAGCACGCCUUCAGCGUCUUCCCCAACCGGAAUGGCAUGGCAACGAGACUGAGACUACGAAACAGAGUAAAUCUUGUAGUGGAAGUUCACGUAUCGUGUGACGAGGACUGGUAUGGGUCUGACUGCGCCACCUUGUGUCAGCCACGUAACGACACAGCGGGACAUUAUACCUGCCAUCCAGUGACAGGAAAAAAGAUAUGCUUACCAGGUUGGAGAAAUUCUACAAACAAUUGUGUUGAUAUCAAGAACGACUGCAAGAAUGAACCGUGCUCACGUGGCGCUCAAUGUAUCAAUCUGCCCUCAGGUUUCAGGUGUAUAUGUCCAGACGGAUAUACAGGCACUUUAUGUGAAACGGUAGGCGAUGGGUGCCAUAACGUAACUUGCUUGAACGGAGGAACGUGUACAUCCCUGCAGAAUUCGUCAUCUCAAUACAGUUGUCUGUGUAAACGAGGCUAUUCCGGGGAGAGAUGCCAGGUGAAGGAAAACGCGUGUUCCAGCCAUCCGUGCCAAAAUAACGCCACUUGUACAUCAAACGAAACCGGUAUUUUCCAUUGUAUUUGUGCAAGUUUCACUUCAGGGAUAUUCUGCGAGAAUGACCUUCGAGAAGAAGCAAAUUCCAGCACCACAUACUUGCCUGUAAGUCUUCCCGCAACAAUCGCCACGGGAAACGAAACUUUUAGUGAGAGAUUUUCAAGCACCGUUAUGACACCGUCACCAACAGCUUCUGCAAAUGACAGUGCAAGUAACAAUACUACUUCGUCCUCAGCUGGACAUUUACCUUUUGUCAACUGUAGUAAAAUAACAGUACCGGUGUACCUGAGCAGGGAGCUGGACCAACCUACGUUGGUCAGAAAAAUCGUGGAAAAGAUGGUCAAGCACCUGCUUGGAGCGGAUUUUAAUAAAGUUAACAACAUUGUAAUAGGAGUUGAUCACGCGGAAGAGCAAAGCUAUCACGUCAUGAAUCUCCAGUUCGUCGUGUCUGCCAAGCCAACGGAGGUCACGUGCCCAAGACUGAAGGCUGCAUUAGCCAGCCUUACGCCCGCUAGGCUUGCAGCACUGCUGGCGCCACUGCAGCCUUACGAGGACGAUGGUGCCAAAAUGGGGUCCCGUGCCGCUGCUGUUAGGGAAGACCAGAGCCAAUGGUUGAACAAUAACUGGUAUAUUCCGCUGACAGUGGGCUUGCUGACCAUAUCGGCCACCUUGACCAUUGUCGCCCUCAUUAUCAGAAGGAAAAGGGCCUCGCAAUCUCACAAAAAUCCAAAGCUCAGCGCCGAUGAGGAAGAGGAAAGGUACGCCACUAUCGGCGAGGCCCGCUGUCCCCCACAACCGCAAAACAAUGCCAGUAAAUCCCGCCCGCCAUUAGCCUUUCAAAACAGUGCGUACGACGACAGCACCCUGGGUGACACAGUGUGUAUAGACACUAAACUCACUUCGGAAUCUGAUGUUAACAACAUGUGUCCCCGUGUGUCUCAGGGUUCUGGCGAUGAGGAAAUGGGUCUGCCUCACCUCGGUAUUACAGAUGAAAUGGGUUCGCAUUCUGUGUCAGCGGAAAAUGACAAUUACGACAGUAUCCCUUCAUUUGCAUCUCAGCCUGUUCCCAAGGGUGACGGCGUUGCGGAAUCACAGGAUGAUUUUGUGGCAUCGAAUGCUCUUUCUCCAACUAAGCCUUUUCCGCAGGGUGAGGAAGAUUCUAACCUCGUUUCACAAGGCGAUAAUGAGAAUGUGACGCAGGUGGCUUUCGAAAUUGCCGCGUAUAUGGAAUUUGCAUCUUCCACUUAACUGGACUCUGCCGAAGUGGCUGAAGUGGCUCUUCACAAAGAAUCAUAACAGUUAGAGAAUCAAGGAAAAGCUAGAAACGGCAUUGCAGAUACAAAAUAAGUAACAGUUUUGGAGCCUACUCUUAUUACAAUGUCAAUUUUCUAGCAUGUAAUUUUGAUUAAUUUUAAAUAGCAAACGUUAUUUCUCAAGUUUUAAAUUUGGGGCACAUUUUAGACAAGCGCGACACUGAAUCCACAUAUAGUGCAAGUCAGAUGAUAUUCUAAGUAAGUAUAAAAUUUCAAUUUAUGAGCGCUUUUUGUAGUGAUACAUCAUUCAGAUAUGACUUCAUGUGCGUCGUAGAAUAUAUCAUUUGAGUACUGAAUACGAGUACUAUUCACGCAAUGCAAAAACUAAUUUUUAAUUAAUUUUUAAUAAUAAGUUUUCCCAGGAAAGUCUUUGUAUCAGUUAGCAUGAGGAUUCUCUUUCGUUCACCAGCUACUGUGAAUGACAUUUGACACCUCAAGAGCCUUUUUUUCAAAUGAUUAAAAAAGGAAAAGAAAGCUCAUUUCUAUGCUUCAAGUUGUACAUUGCCCUUCCUCC